UUUAGACAGUGGCAGUGUCUCUUGCUGCAGCACAUUAUCUCCCAACCCAACAAUGGAGGGAAGGCCGCUUCUCAGUCUCAGCCCAGCUCUAAUUCCCAAUUUAACAAUAAUACCCACUCCCUCUUACUCUUCUCUCUCCCACUCUUCUUGUUUGCUAUUCCGAAAAUCCCAUGUCGUCACUGUUCGAACCUCUCUCCGCACUUCCACCUUCACCCUCGAUGAAGCUCUCCACAAGCCCAACAACAACAGCAACAACAGCAGCUCUAUGUUGCCCAAGAUUGACAAGAGCGGCAGAUUUUGCAGCCCCAGAGCCGCCAGAGAGCUCGCUCUUUCCAUUAUCUAUGCUUCCUGCUUACAAGGUUCCGACCCAGUUCGCUUAUUUGAAAAGCGGAUGAACAUCCGUCGAGAACCCGGGUAUGAAUUUGACAAGGCUUCAUUGUUGGAAUAUAAUCCCAUGAGCUUCGGAGGACCCCCUGUCACCGUUCAAACUCUUGAAGAAGCAGAUGAGCUCCUCCUCAGUGAUGAAAAGGAAUCCGCAAUCGAAGCGGAAGUUCUUGCUGCUCCUCCAAAGUUGGUAUAUAGCAAACUGAUAUUAAGAUUUGCAAGGAAACUUUUGGUUGCAGUCAUGGAUAAAUGGGAUAGUCAUGUGCUUGUCAUCGACAGAGUCGCCCCUCCAAAUUGGAAGGAUGAGCCAGGAAGCAGAAUCUUGGAGCUCUGCGUCCUUCACCUGGCAAUGUCAGAAAUAACAGUGUUAGGAACACGACACCAGAUUGUAAUUAAUGAGGCUGUAGAUCUUGCUAAACGUUUCUGCGACGGGUCAGCCCCCCGCACAAUCAAUGGUUGUCUCAGAACAUUUGUCAAUGGCCUGGAAGAAACUGGUUUAAAUCCAGCUUUGGGGAAACAGAAAGUGGUCACUUGAUGUAUCACUGAUUUUUGUUGAUCUUUACCAAAAUUCAGAUAGUUGAUGGCAGGCUGAACUCAAGAGUCGCAGUUUGUGGGAGUAAGGCUCUAGUUUGUAGAUGUUAGAAAACAUUGGAGGACUUGAAAUGAAUUCUACAACGAGAAAUUGAGGGCAUGGAGGCUGGUAUCUGGAUAGGACCAUUGUUAUAAAACUUAUAAUAGCUGAAACUUAAGAAUUAUGAUGUAUAUGAUAUAUGUUGUAGUAUGGAUUUUGAGGUAAUAGUAAUCUUGUAAGUGUUUUGAUCUUAUAUUGGCUUGAAAAGUUGUUAGAGCUUAUGUAAGAACUGUUUCAUUGCCACUUCCUGUUUCUUGUUAGGAUAUGCAUUUUGGCAUUUGAUUGUUGAAAUAGGCAGACAAGGAAAUCCAAAUUCUAUC